GCCGCCUCGCUCGGCCCCGCCGCGGCCCGCCGCGCCGCGGGGCGCCGGCGCGCGAUCGCCGCGGAGGCGGCGGUCGCUCGGCGCCAGUUCGACGACGGCGCUAACCGCGACCGCGACGCGAAAACGAAGUGCAUCGUCGUCGAGGUCGACGCGGCUGUGCCAUUGGGCCAUUGGGCCAACGAUGGCCUCGCAGCUGCCAGUGGCUUUAUGGGCGGGGCGAAGCGGCGUGCUGAGCUGCCGACCUUCGGCCCUUGCUACAACUGCUACAACUGCAACGAGGCCGCGGGGUACCUCGGCCUCGCGCGCCAGCCGGCCGAUUGCCGUAGGCUUGAGGCAUCGGAAUCCUUCGCCCCCCCCCCGACCUGGGCGGCGCCGCGCGAGAGCAUCGGCUUCUGUGGAACCGCGAGCGACGGCGCCGACCGCGCUGGCGCCAACCGCGCCGACCGCCUGUUUCUCGCCGCCAGCUUCGUCGCCAGCGCCGUCGGCGACUUCGACGAGACCGAGGGGG